AGCUACGUCCCCACCGUCUUUGAGAACUACACGGCGAGCUUCGAGAUCGACAAGCGCCGCAUCGAGCUCAACAUGUGGGACACCUCAGGUUCCUCUUACUACGACAAUGUCCGGCCCCUGGCCUAUCCGGACUCGGACGCUGUGCUCAUCUGCUUCGACAUCAGCCGGCCGGAGACCCUGGACAGUGUCCUCAAGAAGUGGCAGGGGGAGACGCAGGAGUUCUGCCCCAACGCCAAGGUGGUGUUGGUUGGCUGUAAACUGGACAUGCGGACUGACCUGGCCACCCUGCGGGAGCUGUCCAAGCAGAGGCUCAUCCCGGUCACACAUGAGCAGGGCACCGUGCUGGCCAAGCAGGUGGGGGCCGUGUCUUACGUAGAGUGCUCGUCGCGGUCCUCGGAGCGCAGCGUCAGGGACGUCUUCCACGUGGCCACUGUGGCAUCCCUGGGCCGCGGCCCCCGGCAGCUGCGCCGCACCGACUCGCGCCGGGGCCUGCAGCGAUCCACACCACUGUCGGGCCGGCCGGAGCGGGCUGUGGAGGGCGAGAUGCGCAAGGACCGGGCCAAGAGCUGCAGCCUCAUGUGAGGCCUGAGGGCAGGGCGGGGCCGCGGCUUCCUGACCUCCGACCCCGGCCGAAGGGCCUCGUCCUCCUUGCCUUCCUCUGCCGGGACUGGAGGGAGCUCAGGGUGGGCGGCAGGCGUGAACCAGGAUGGGCAAGGGCCACUCAGGAAGCCCGCGUCACGCAGUGACCUUGCUGUCUCUCCAUAGAUUGCCCCUCCUGCCCGCCCCAGCCCCAUAGCCUGGCCCUGGCUUGUGUCCCCACGGCAGGCGUCCGUUCUGUGAGCUUCGCUUUCUGUCCUCCCUCGCGGUCUGCACAGUUCUAACCUCCAGACCCCGCGCCGAGCUUGGAGAUGCCCCUCCUGCACACCUAGCGGCCCUCGACUCCCUGUCCCGUCCGUGACGGUCCCCAAAUAAAGCCCAAGUCCAUGGAGAA